GUUGUUACUCUUCCCACUUUAUCCCCAAACAGGCUCGAUCCCCCGUUUGUCUUGCGUCUCCUCUCCUCGCCUCUUGUCUUCGUCUUACUACCGCCACUACUCCUCUUUCUCUUUGGCAAUAUAUCGUUACUUCAGACAUCUACGCAGACAGUCUGUUCUCCACCCUUCUAACAUCUCGAAUGCGAGACAACUAUCACGCCUUCGGUACCUGGAUCGUCGCUUAACAUUAGGGAGUACUAUAUACAGAUAUCAUCCCGACCCUGCACUUGUUUGGCGUUAACCACAACUUCGAGGCAAGCAUCAAUUAUCGGCGGCAGAUGCGUUAAGAGCAUCCAGCCAAAAUGCCUGGAAUUCUCCCUAUGAAAGUGAUCAAGGUCGGCAACGGCUCGCAAAGUCGUAUAGCCCAGGCCUGCGAUCGGUGCAGAAGCAAAAAGAUUCGCUGCGAUGGAAUUCGGCCGUGUUGUACACAGUGCGCAAAUGUCGGUUUCGAGUGCAAGACAAGCGACAAGCUUAGCCGUCGAGCGUUUCCUCGAGGAUACACGGAAUCAUUGGAGGAACGAGUGCGGACCUUGGAGGCGGAAGUGAGGGAUUUGAAGAAUCUGUUGGACGAGAAGGACGAGAAGAUCGAUGUGCUGUCACGUAUACACUCUUUUUCGCCAGCUUCGCAGCAAAGGGUUCAGGCUGCGUCUCAAUCACCGUCCUCUACUGAAUCUGCUCGCCCCAAGCUGUCCGAGGCUGCCGAAGAAGCCAUUCAGAUCCCGGAAGUACAAUCUUCGACUGAGCCACUUGAUAGUCUGUGUCUCGGUCUUUCGAGUGCUCGCGGAUUUUUAGAUGUUUUCGCAAAAGAGCUCAAAGAGCAGGGACGGCCUCUUUCUGGCAUUUCAACUGAGGCUUUGACGGCCUCGCCUCCGGCUAUCUCUCAUGCUCGCAUUGACCAAGCCAUUAAAACCGCCCCACGACUUGUCUCUGACCAGCUCAUCAACAUCUUCUUCCAAGAAUGGGCGCCUCUAUACCCCGUCGUCCAUCGCCCGACCAUACUCAAAGCUUAUGAAAAGUAUCUAUCGAACACAGAGUCUCUGCAGGGCAGUACUCAUGACAUGGUGCAACUAAACCUGAUUUUCGGGAUUGCUGCUCUUGCUUCUACUUCACGAACCAACCAGGAUCCCACCUUCUUCGAAGACAACUGGUCGUCAACCCUCGAAUCUCUGUCGAACAGCAUUUCUAUCUCGACAUUGCAGUGCUACGUCCUUGCUCAGAUGUAUUGCAUGACCAAGGGGGACUACACAGGUCUUCUCCGCUAUCGCGGCCUCGCCGUUGGCCUUUGCCAUCAACUAAGGCUCCACCAGAGCCAGAAGCGAUUCUCUUCCAACCCGCUCGUUGCUGAGACUCGUAAGAAGGUGUUUUGGUGUCAAUACGUCCUUGACCGUCUUACCGCUGCUUUGACUGGACUGCCAGUCCUCCUACGCGAAGAGGAUGUCCGUACUGAAUACCCCGAGGACGUUGACGAUGAGAAUGUCACGGAGACCGACUUCUUGCCGACUUUGCCGGGGGAGACGACUCGCAUUUCGAGCGCUCUUGCACUAUUCGGAGCAUCUCGAGUUCUGAACAAGGCUCUGGAGUAUAUUUUCCCUUCGGACGGUGGUUAUGAGGUAUUGGUGUCGAAGAUGCGCUCGGUUGCCGAGCAAUUGGACGCAUGGGUAAAGACACUGCCUGCUCACCUGCGCCUCGAAUUCUCUCAGGACAAACCAAGUACAAACAUCACAAGCAGCCGAUCACCCCUUCUGUCUCUGGUUUAUUACUAUAUCCGUUCUCUCAUUCAUCGCCCUGCUGUCUGCUUUGGCGAAGAGCAUAUUCGGUCUCCAUCAAUUCUGGCUACUUUUGACUCGUGCAAGCAUAUUAUUCAGAUUCUCCAGCUGCUUGACGAAAGACGUCUUUGUCUCUCGAUCAGUAUCAACCGGAAAGAGCUGGUGUUCACGUCUGGUUUGGGGCUUCUGUGGCAAAACACGGGGCUCAAACGCGAAAGCAAGCUCCUCAAGGAGUGCCAGAAGUUGCUUACCGCGGUUAUUGACCAACUCGAGCCCGAGUCGGCUCGAGCAGCAGCAGAGUUCAGCUCGGUAGCCAGCCUGUUGGUUUCCUUCGACAAUGACAAGCGCGGGACCUCCGUCAAGAACCAGUCCAUGUCCCCACCUGCACAGAAGCCGCUUAAGUCACCCAAGAAGCAGCUGCAGUCUGUGAAAUCACGGUCGGCUAGCGAUGAGGUGCCAAAUCAGCCGACCGAAUCGCUGUCGCGCAGAGCGACCAUUUCGGGCACCAGUAUUGGUGCCCCUCACCGUCAUCUUCGAUCUCCCAGUCGGGCUAGCUUGCCAUCUGAGAACUAUGCCGCUCCGCAACAGUCCAUGAACAGGGCUUACUACGCUUCGCCAUCUAUGACACAUGAGCACGCACAGACCAUGUCGAGCUCGGCUCCCUCGAAUGCCGCCGCGGGUCCGAUGAGUAUGGCUGACUGGGAAUUUGUUCUGAGCGACAUGGAUCACGGCUAUUCGAACAUAUUUACCGGCAUCUACGGGGGCAAAGAAUGUGGUGAGGACAGUGGUCCAUUUGCUUCUUUGACUGCGGGCUACGUUCCAGCGGAUCAAAGUCCCAUGCCGCCGUCUGCGUCAACCAAGGAUGUCCCGGGUCUGUCACCUGAAGCAUGGUCGGCGAGCAGCAACAGCGACAUGUUGCCGAACCAUGAGAUCAACCCCGCGCCGCAGAGCGUCCUCAGUUUCUCCGACGAGAGCAUGAGUGCCGAGGAUAGGUUGCCGUACCAUGAUUUGCAGCUGCCUCUGGACGAUUUGGACCCAUUCCGGGGCAUCAUGAUCCCGGCAGUGGACGACGAGAUUGAUGAAUUUGGAAUGACUCACGGUUGGGACCGACGGCUGGCCGUCUGAGACUUGUUAUGCUUUUGACAUGAAGGAUUUUAUAUAAACUGGGCGCGCUCAGGGAGGCGAUAUUUUUUCUUAGUCUUUCUUUUCGCCAUGAUACCUAUUGUCUCUGGAGUCUUGUGGUUUGUGAGUCUCUUGAGCAGACACCUUUCUCGUCAUCUAAGUCUAUCUUGAACUGUUUUUGGUGUAAGGGUCAUAUUUUACCAUAUAUAUAUAUAUAUAUGUUAUUUAUAUUAGUCCUUCCUCAAAUCAAUGAUGCUGUAUAUGCAUCCUGCGCCUUUCCAUCAUCAUAUGCAUCACACUCUUCAUCUCACAAGUCAUGCAUACUUGGAGGAAUGCUCG